CGGCGGUCGCGGCUGCCGGGGAGGGUGGGCUAGAGCCUUGGCCGGGCUGCGCUUGGCGGAGCUGAGGAGGCACACCGCGGCUCGGAGCCCGGGAGGAAGGAGAGAGGCGAGAAGGGCAGAGGGAGCGCGGAGCUGCUGGGGCAUCCCGGAUUCCUCAGCGUGACCCCCGGGGAAAGCUCACUGCAGCGACUCGGCCUGGGGGGGCUCGGAGCCGCUUCCCUGCAGGCCUCUCGGCACGGGCAGCAGAGCGCCGCCGAGCGGGACCAUGAAGGCAGCCAAGCAGCAGGGGAACGCCGGCCACGGCGGGGAGAGCCAGCCGGCCCUGAGCCCCCUGCGGGCAGCUCUCGGCGCCGCCGCCGCCUCUGCCCAGGCCUACGAGACCUACAUCGACAACGGCCUCAUCUGCCUCAAACACAAGAUCCGGAACAUCGAGAAGAAGAAGCUCAAACUAGAAGACUAUAAGGAUCGCCUGAAAAAUGGGGAGCCGCUCAAUUCGGACCAGUUGGAGGCGGUAGAAAAGUACGAGGAAGUGUCACAUAACUUGGAAUUUGCCAAGGAGCUUCAAAGAACGUUUUCUGGACUCAGCCAAGAUCUCCUGAAGGCCCAGAGGAAGGCCCAGAGAAGAGAGCACGUGCUCCAGCUCGAGGCGGAGAAGAAGAAGCUGCGGACCGUGCUUCAGGUCCAGUAUGUCCUCCAGAACCUCAGCCGAGAGCACGUCCAGGAGGACUUCAGAGGGGGCUUCAACGGCGCUCUGUCCUUGCCUUCCCGAGAGCUGGAGCGCCUCGUCCAGUUUGCCAAGCUCACGUGCCCCGAGAGAAACGCGAGCGUCAGUGUGGAGGAGCAGAUGGAGCAGUCCUCACUCUACUUCUGGGACCUCUUGGAGGGGAGCGAGAAGGCCGUGCUGGGCACAACGUACAAGCACAUGAAGGACCUGCUGUCUCAGCUGCUGAUGUCGGGCUAUUUCGAGAGCGUGCCGGAGCCCAAAGGAGCGCCGGAGGAGGCCGUCCCCGCAGAGCCGGGGAAGGAGCGGCUCUCGCGCGCAGACUCCGUCCAGGACUCAGAAUCUCUUAUGGAAUGUACACAGCCUGAGAUACAGCCGCAAGAGUUUCUCAACAGGCGCUACUUGUCGGAAGUCGAGGCUCCGAGCCAGACGCCGGAGGCGCGGCGGCCUUGGGAAGCGGGGUACGCCCGGAGGCCCCCUCCGAGCCGGUGCUGGCCAACGCUGGGCGACGCGGAGGGCCAGGAGAGGCCGGAGCCCCUCCUGGCCUGGGAUUCCGGGAAGCCGCAGGCGCCCCCCGAGCCCGCGUCGGCUCCGGCCCGGCGGGAGAGCCCCGAAGAGCAGAAGACGCCGGAAGCGUCCCCCGCCUGGGAGCCAGACGGCCGAGGGGAGCCGCGGAAGCCCUGGGCUGCUCCUCUGCCCGACGAGCCAGAGCCGGAGAGCCGGCCCACCCAGCCGUGGGCGCCCCGCGCCCCGAGCCAGCGCCAGGCCGCCGGGGCCUGGCCCGUGCCAGGCCGCGAAGGCCGAGAGCCCGAGCCCUGGGGAGCCGGCGCCCGGAGCCCGCCGCGGGCCCUGCUGCAGCGCCUGCACUCGCCCCCCGAGGCCUGGGGACCGCCGGAGCCCCGAGAGGGGCCCGAGCUUCCAAGCGAGGCGGCAGGCGUCCCCCCCGGCCUGCCCCGGGACCCGGCCCUGCGGAAGGAGAAGCUGCAGGACCUGAUGACGCAGAUCCAGGGGACGUAUCACUUCAUGCAGGACUCGCUCUUGGACUUCGACAAGCCUUCGAGUGCCGCCCCUUCACCGCAGCUGCCUUCCGUUCUCCCGGACAGCCCGGAAGCUUCCGUGGAGCAGAAGCUCCCCGACCAAAGCGACUUCCUUCCGGAGCCCUCGCAGGCUGUUGCUGCUCCCCUUAUGCAGAGCGCCAGCUCUUCAGUGAUGGCUGACCAGGCUUCUUCUGGGUCUGAAAGCGAGCUGGAGGCACCGCAGGCAGCAAUUCCUCCAAGUAAGCAGCGACCAUCCCUUCCUUCUGCAAAUCCCCCCAUGUCACAGGCUUCUGAGGAACAGGUCUUCCAGUCACCUCCAGCAAGCAGCAGCACGGUAUUCCAUGUGAAUGCACCUUUGCCUCCACGGACAGAGCAAGAGAUAAAAGACUCACCAUAUUCAGAGGGAUAUAAUCAGAGUUUUACUACAGCGAGUACACAGACACCGCCCCAGUGCCAGCUGCCGUCUCUGCAUGUAGAGCAAACGACGCUCCCUCAAGAGCAGAUGGCGAACUGUCAGCCUGCUGGAACAAUCCAAGUAAGCAGUGGUAGCCCUGCCUUUUAUCCCGCACAGACUAAUGCAUUCCCCAGAUCCACCCAAUCGUAUCUCAGUAACCGAGGAUCCAUCAGAGGAUGUGCCCGUGGUGGGAGAUCACUGCCCAAUUCCUUCCGCUCCUCUGCUGGCUAUAAAGGUUUUGAUUCUUACAGAGGAUCCCUUGUCAUUGCCAAUGGCAGUUAUGGUCAACUACAAUUCCAAGCUAGAGAAUAUCCUGGAACACCAUAUUCCCAAAGGGAUUCCAGUUUGCAGCCGUGUUACAGACGGGGAGGAAUCGGCGCUGCCUCCCGGACCGGCUCUAGAGGGUGGAGCAGCCCCGAGCGGGAGAGCGAGCCGGCGGGCAGCGUGGACUCGGGCCGGGGGGACUCGCGCAGCCUGACGCCCGUGGACGUGGCGAGCCCGGCGGCCGCCAUCCUGCCGGUGCACGUGUACCCUCUCCCGCAGCAGAUGAGGGUGGCCUUCUCGGCGGCCAGAACGUCCAACCUGGCCCCCGGGACGCUGGACCAGCCCAUCGUGUUCGAUCUGCUGCUCAACAACCUGGGCGAGACGUUCGACCUGCAGCUGGGCCGCUUCACGUGCCCCGUGAACGGCACGUACGUCUUCAUCUUCCACAUGCUGAAGCUGGCCGUGAACGUGCCGCUCUACGUCAACCUGAUGAAGAACGAGGAAGUCUUGGUCUCGGCCUACGCCAACGACGGCGCGCCGGACCACGAGACGGCCAGCAACCACGCCAUUCUGCAGCUGUUCCAGGGAGACCAGAUCUGGCUGCGGCUGCACCGGGGCGCCGUUUACGGAAGCAGCUGGAAGUACUCCACGUUUUCGGGGUACCUUCUGUACCAGGACUGAAAGGGGCCAGAGUCCCCGGAGCCCGAGCCCCCUCGCGCCAGGGGGAGGAGAGGCCGAGCGCGCGCUCGGGAGGGCCCGAGUCGCCGUCGUGACGCAGCCGUGCGCCUGGGUGAUUUGCCGUGAACCUCUAAAGCCGCGUCCGCGGGCGAGCUUCCUGCACGGACGCCUCGAGUUAGCUAAGUCACGUGCCUUGUUGUGCCUCAAUAAAACAGCGGUCAAUCUC